UUCGUGACCAGUGUGGUGCAGCCGUUUGGUUUAGUUGCUCGAGAUGUCUACAUUGAGUAAUAAGAGUGCUUGUUAGUUGUCAAUCUAAUCGUAAUACGAUCUAAAAAAAUAUAUAGAUACAUAUAAAUAUAAAAAAAUAAGAUAUCUGAAGACUUAAAAGCAAUGGAUGAAAAACGGACGUUUGAUUUACUGGAUUGUGUUGUUUUUGCACUUAUGUUAGGAGUGUCUGCGUUUGUCGGUAUUUAUCAUGCUUACAAAGCACGUAACAACCCCGACGCAGUAAGGGAGUAUCUGAUAGGCGGACAAAAAAUGUCCAUUUUCCCUAUCAGUAUGUCUUUGAUAGCUAGUUACAUAUCGGGGAUCGCUUUGCUAGGACUUCCGGCAGAAAUGUACGUUUACGGAACGCAGUAUUGGUCGGUUAUAAUUGCUGACGUUUUUGUUUCGUUAACGAUGGCGAUAAUAUACCUGCCAGUUUUCUAUGGUCUUGAGAUCACGUCUUCUUAUGAGUAUCUGGAGUUGAGAUUCAACAACUACGUCCGCCUGCUGGGAUCAAUAAUAUUCAUUAUUAAAAUGCUACUUUACAUACCGCUAGUAGUGUACGUCCCGGCGCUAGCAUUCAACCAAGUCACUGGAAUAAAUGUACAUAUUGUCGCACCACUUGUCUGCGCUGUUUGUAUCUUUUACACGACACUGGGUGGAUUAAAGGCUGUCGUAUGGACGGAUACCAUUCAAACGAUUGUUAUGUUUGGAGGAGUUAUUAUUGUUGCUGUUCUCGGAACAAUGAGAGUCGGCGGGUUCGCUGAAGUUUGGAGAAGAAAUUUCAUCACUGGAAGAAUCGAGUUCUUUAACAUGGACCCAAACCCGACAGUGAGACAUACUUUUUGGACUGUCGUUGUUGGAAACUACUUGAACUGGCUCGCCAGCUGCUCAGUCAACCAGGCUAUGGUUCAACGGUGUCUCGCGAUGCCGACUUUGAAGAAAUCCAAUAUCACUAUUAUGAUUAUGGCUGUCGGAAUAAUCAGUAUUGUCUCAUUGAGUUGUUACACGGGUAUUCUUAUUUACGCUGCUUUCUAUGAUUGCGAUCCGGUCAUCACAAAACAAAUUAAUAAAGCAGACCAGUUACUGCCAUUUUAUGUGAUGGAAAUAGCCCAGUCAAUUCCGGGAUUACCGGGACUUUUUGUCUCUGGUGUAUUCAGCGCAGCUUUAAGCACUAUGUCAACGGGAUUGAACUCAAUGUCUGGUGUCAUUUAUGAGGAUAUGAUUAAACCACUGAUGAAGAAGCCAUUGUCCCAGGUGGCAGCCAGUCGGGUUAUGAAGUUAAUGGUUGUAUUAAUUGGGAUUAUUUGUGUAGCUUUAGUAUUUCUUGUUGAAAAACUCAGUGGAUUAAUUCAGGCGGGUAAAAGUUUAUCAGGAAUAACAGCUGGACCAUUACUUGGUAUUUUCACCCUCGGAAUGUUUUUCCCUUGCGCGAAUUCAGCGGGCGCACUGGUAGGAGCUUUAGUUAGUCUACAUUUUGUAGCUUGGAUCUCGUUAGGUACUCAAGCAGCACUUUCCAAUGGUAUUAUUAAGAUUCCGAAAAAACCAGUCUCCAUUGAAGGAUGCUCGGAAAUUUUACAACACGCUGCUGCUAAUGCAACAUUAAUUAAGGACACUAUUAACCAGCCUUUUUUCCUCUACCAAUUGUCAUAUCUCUGGUACACGUGGGUUGGAUUUUUGACGGCAAUUAUUAUUGGAUUAUUUGUCUCAUGGCUUACCGGUCUUAAUAAAUAUAAGAGUGAAGAUAAAAAGCUAUAUACACCGGUUAUACAUUGUCUUUUAUCUUCAAAGACGUCAAAGAAAACGAAUGCAAUGAACCUUGAAGCAACUCAAUGUACGUCAGUUAGUUAAUAAAAUGAAAUAAAUAUAUAGUAAAAUUUAAAAAAAAUUUUUUGUCAAAUAUUUGUUACUUUUUUACGUCAAAGAUGAUCAUCAAAAGAACAAGUUGUAUAUAUAAUUAAGACGCGAAAGUAAAUAUAUAUACAUAUAUAUAGACAUUUAUAUGUAUAUGUAUAUAAAUGGAAACAUGUAAUGGAAGUUAUGUUAGUUAUAUAUGUAGUACAGAGAGUAACUAAACGAAAAGUUUCUUCAAUUCCCUCGACCCAUGUAUAUCUUAUACAUUCAACACUCAGAGAUACAUAAAGCCGAGUAUAUUCACGCUGUACUAUGUAAUCUCCGGUCAAAUGAAAAUAUGAAGCUGGAGGUAAAAGCGCUAGCUAAGUACCGUAUGUCACAGCACCGCAGAAUGGAAAUUAGUUUCCAUAAAAGGACCAAAAAAUUUAUUAUAGAAUAAAAAUAUUAAAAAUGGAGAUAAAUAUUUUAAUUUUUAAAUUUUGAAUUUAAAAAAAUUUUUUUAACUUCCCGCUAAGAAAAUUGUAAAUUUUCAAAAAUUCGGGAAGUUAUUGGUUUCGGUCCGAUUUACGAAAAUCGAAUUUUCAUCAGAUGUCGACGUUUUGAGAUCCUAGGAAGCUAUUCUGACUAAUUUCAAGAUGAUGUCCGAGUGUACGUACGUAUGUAAAUACCUGCAUCUUUUGAACGGAUGAACCGAUUUUGAACUUUAAGGUGUCAUUCGACGCGGCUUAUCAAUAUCUUGAAGCUGUGAGAAAUUGAGCUUGAUCGGUAGGGCUCGUUCAAAGAUAUUCCAAAAAUAAAAUUUUUUCAAAAAUGUUUUUUGUGGAUAACUUUCAAUAUGCUCGAUGGAUUGAUUCCAAAAUCGACUGGGCUCUAGAGCUUUAUAAGCCGCGUCGAAUGCGACCCCAACCGUCUCAAUCGGUUUAUUCGUUUGAGAGAUAUCGUUGGAAAAAAAAUGGUAAAAAACUAUUUUUUU